AUGCUAUCGCGACGAUUCGGAUACUCUUAUAAAACGAAGACCGCGUUUCCUUUUCCUUUCAAGGUUUCUUUUGUUAAUAAAAGCAAUUUGUUACAACGACAACAACAAUGUUAUCACAUUUGUUUUGGUGGUAAAAGUGGCGGUCUAACUGGCCAUAGUGAUGGUCUAAAAAAUAGAGCGCGACUUCAAACAUUUUUCGGAGAAGUUCGUAAGAAUAAUGUUAAUGGCCAUUAUCGCGUUGAUUUUUACGCGUAUCAUCGGUGUUAUGCUUCAGUGAGAAAUAAAACAAAAGUUGUUAAUUCUACAAAAACAACUGAAAGCUUGAAAAAAAAAACAAAAGCUGAUAGUUCUUCAAUAUCAAAUAAAACAGCAACUAAAAUUCCCAUAAAAGAAAAAGUUAGUAAAUCUAAUACCACAAUAACUAAAGGACCUCGAAAAAACCAGGUGGCUACUGAUAAAGAAUCUGCGAAUGUUGAGAGCGAUGCAAAUCAUGAAUUAAUUGAAAAUAAUACUAAAUCAGAUGAUUCAACAAAUACUGAGGCUGAUGUUAAGGGAACUUCAUCUUCUUUAAUAGGAAGUGAUGCAUCAAGUGAAGUGUCAGCAAGCGAAGAAAUUGCUGAAGGAAAGUUGGAUGCUUCGCCUGUAACAAAGGAUAGCUCAAAUGAGGCAUCAGCUGAAAAAAUUGAGUUAAAGGAUAACAGCAUUGAUUCUAAUCCGCAGAAUUAUUCCGCCAAGAACGAUUCAAUUCACAAGGAAUUUAUAAGUGAAACAGAUGAAAGCAGAGUCAACAUAACGGAUCAUCCAACUACAAGCGAAGAAGCAAAAACAGAGGCAUCUGUCGAUGAUGAUACCACAAAAGAAAACAUCAAUUCAAUUCAGAAUUCCUCCAUUAAAGAUGGAUCAAAUAACGACAAUAUGGUAGUUGAGAAUUUGUCUUGUAAUGAACCAACAUCAAUUGACGAUUCGUCAAAAAAUGAUGUACCCACAAAAAUAUCCUCAAGUGCCGACACUAAACCAAGUGAAAUCAUUGUUGUAGAUGCAAAAACUAUAGAAUCAAAUCAGAGAUCUAUAGGAAGUGGCGAAAUUCACUUGAGCGAUAGCCAAUUAGAAAAAAUUUUGGGACCAUUGCGCCAAUUAAAUGAAAAUUCGGCCAGAAUUGCAAAUUAUUUACGCCAAUUAAAUGAAAUUCAUUCUUUAUGUUUGUCUAUACUUUGCGCAUGUUCACAAGCCAUUAUAGACGUGACAAAAGAUGAAAAGGCUUCAAAACAGAGCAAAGAAGGGGAUUCAAAUGAAAUAAAUAAAGAUCUCGACAUCUCUGAAUUCAAAAAUUUCUGCGAAAAAAUCAAUGCGACGGAAGGAACUCUCAAAAAAUUUGAAACAAUACGUGAACAUCCGGAAUUUAAAAACAUUUUGAUACAAAUAUUAAACAAUAAAAAACCAUUUUAUGUAAAAUCGGUUAAGUUGAAAAAGUUUAUCGACAAAUUUGAACCUAAUGAACUUAAAAUAAUGCUAGAAAAUGCGACAGAGUAUCCUACCAUAUAUAGUUUAUUUGAUGCUUUAUCUACCAAACAAAUUACAGGGAAUACCGGUCGUCUUGCUAUUGAACGGUACAUACGAGAAAAAUGUAACUCACCCGAAUUAAGAGAAUUCUUUAACAAGAUUUUAGAUAAAAAGCUCAAUAUCAAUAUAGCUUCAAAAAACAUGAACAGAAUUUUUGGCGCCAACACAAUUCCUUUGUUUUCCGUCGCAUUAGGUCAAGAACUACCAGAGUCUAAUUUUGAUAAACUGUUUCCAGAGUCACAAGAAUCAUCUGGUAUUAAAUGGUUUGUUUCACGCAAAUAUGACGGUGUUAGAUGCAUCGUCCAAUAUUAUCCUAAUUCAAAGGAAAUAAAAAUUAGCUCAAGACUGGGAAAUCCUUUUACAGCAUUAAAAGAUCUCGAAGAAAGGAUAAAAUCUUUAAUGAAUCAAAAUCAAGACUUAAUCUCAAAAAAUACGAUAUGGGAAAGUGGUUUGGUGUUGGAUGGGGAAAUAUGUGUUUUUGAUGAGGAAGUUAAAGAUCGCGAAAAAUUCCUUUCAGCUUUAGAAGUGAGGAAAGUUAAUGAUUAUCAGAUGAAAAACUUUCAGUAUUUAGUGUUUGAUUGUUUAACUGAAGAAGAGUUUACCAAAAUGAGUGGCAUCAGAAAUUAUCAAGAACGUUUAGAUUUCUUGAAUAAAUUAUUACCCGAUGACAAGAAAGAGGAUCUAGGCAUGAUAAGCAUAAUAAAGCAGAAUAUUUUGGAGAGUAAACAAAGUUUAGAAAAGCAGUGGGAAAAUGCAAAAGCGAAAAAUUGGGAAGGAUUAAUGUUGCGUAAAAAUGUCGGAUAUCAAGGCAAGCGAAGUUCAGAUCUCCUGAAAGUCAAAGGAAGAAAAGAUGCAGAAUAUACUGUGAAAGAUAUUGAAAUAGGGCCAAUGAAGAUCGACGGCGUGGAGUAUAAAGAUGUUUUACGUAGUGUAGUUAUUGAACAUCGUCAUGGAAACAAACUAAAUAAAGUGCAUGUUGGAAGUGGAUUAACAAACGAAGAUCGCCUGAAAUAUAGGACUCCUAGAUCUAUUAUUGGUAAAGAAGUAACAGUAGAAUACACCGAUGAAUCCAAAACUCAAAAAAAAAAUGGCAAAGGGGAAUGCGAAACUGUAACAUCGUUGCGAUUUCCAAGAAUAAAAGCCAUUUAUGAAAAAAAAAGGGAUGUUUAG